AUGGCUUCGGACCCGAAGCGAGAGAAGAUCGGUGACCGGCCAUCCUCGGACCGGUCCGAAGCCGAGUUCGCUCACAUGGAUCACCCCGGACGAGCCUCCGAGGCCACAGCCGUUGAUAAGGAAGAGCAGAAACGGCUAGAGGCGUCUCAAAAGCUGGAGAACCCUCUUGGUGGCUUUACUCCUGAGCAACUUGGUCGCAUGGGUGAAGAGUAUUGCGAGAAGCAUGGCAUCACAGACGAGGCGGACGUCAGAGCGUUCCGCCUUGGCGCCAUGAUCGCUGGAAACAUGAAUAAGUACGAUACUAUGAGAGAGCUGACGGCCCAAGAGCGGGCUGUUCUUGACGGAGAGACUACACACAAAUGGCGUAACCCGAAGAUGCUUUACGCUGUUGUUGCGAUCUGCUCUUUCUGUGCCGUUGUUCAGGGCAUGGACGAGACGGUCGUUAACGGGGCUCAGUCUUUCUAUAAAAAGCAGUUUGGAAUCGGGGGCGAGACUGAGCGGGACACCUGGCUACUUGGUCUCGUGAACUCAGCGCCGUACCUUUGCUGUGCCUUCAUCGGCUGUUGGCUUACAGAGCCCAUGAACAAGGCUUUCGGACGUCGAGGAACCGUAUUCAUCUCAUGUGCCAUCAGCGCAGUCACUUGCUUCGGUCAAGCCUUCGCCAAUUCCUGGUACACCAUGUUCAUCGCACGUUUUCUCCUUGGUUUGGGCAUCGGACCGAAGUCGGCGACCACGCCCAUCUUUGCCGCCGAGACAGCUCCAAAGUCAAUCAGGGGGGCACUCACCAUGCAAUGGCAGCUUUUUACGGCCGUGGGAAUUGCCGGAGGUUACGGCGCCGACUUGGCCUUAUACUAUGUCCCAGACCGCAGCGGCAUCACCGGACUCAACUGGAGGUUGAUGAUGGGUUCAGCUGGGAUCCCAGCAGUUAUUGUUUGCGCGUGUUGCUACCUCAUCCCGGAAUCUCCGCGAUGGUACAUCUCAAAGGACCGCCACGUUGACGCAUACAAAUCAAUGUGCCAGCUCAGAUUCGAAAAGGUCCAGGCCGCCAGAGAUCUCUUUUACGCCAACGCCCUACUUGAAGCGGAGAAAGAAACACAAGCCAUUGGAAAGUCUAACCGUAUUCUCGAACUAUUCACCCGAAUACGCAAUAGAAACGCCAUGACGGCGUCGCAAAUCGUUAUGUUCAUGCAGCAAUUUUGUGGGGUAAAUGUCGUUGCAUACUACAGCACUGAGAUCUUUCUAUCUGCUUCGUUCUCAGAGUUGAGUGCGCUCUCAGCAUCUCUGGGCUUCGGUAUCAUCAACGCCGUAUUCGCGAUUCCGGCCUUCUAUACUAUCGAUACAUUCGGGAGAAGGAAUCUGCUUCUAACUACCUUCCCCCUGAUGGCGUUGUGUCUGUUCUUCACCGGCUUCUCGUUCUUCAUAGAGACAAACCCGGCACGCGUCGCCUGCAUCGCAACCGGUAUCUACCUAUUCGGCAUGGUCUACUCUCCCGGCGAGGGCCCAGUCCCAUUCUGUUACUCAGCCGAGGUUUAUCCACUGUACAUUCGUCCUCUUGGAAUGUCUCUGGCAACAGCUACGACAUGGUUCUUCAACUUCGUUCUGGCUGUUACUUGGCCCUCUUUGCAGACAGCCUUCACCCCUCAGGGGGCUUUCAGUUGGUAUGCUUGCUGGAAUAUCAUUGGAUUCUUCCUUGUUCUUUUCUUUCUCCCUGAAACCAAGGGUAAGACUCUCGAGGAGCUGGAUGCUGUAUUCAGUGUACCGACAAGGAAGUUCGCGCGCUACGGACUAGCGCAGUUCUUCUACUUUUGGAAGCGGUACAUCUUCAGGCAAGAUGUGGGUCCCCCUGCUGUUCCGCACAAUAAUGCGGUUCAGUAUCAUAAGAAUACUUUCGAGCAGGAGAAGCAGAAGGACGCCACGGCUCGUGUAUAA